ACCGUUGGAUCGCUUUGCUCACGGCGCUAUCUCUCGAUAAAGUUGUUGUUGCGGCUUCCGCCGCGGGUGGAGGAAGAUGGCGUCGGGUGGUGGUGGCUGCAGCGCUUCGGAGAGACUGCCUCCGCCCUUCCCCGGCCUGGAGCCGGAGUCCGAGGGGGCGGCCGGGGGAUCAGAACCCGAGGCUGGGGACAGCGACACCGAGGGGGAGGACAUUUUCACCGGCGCCGCGGUGGUCAGUAAACAUCAGUCUCCAAAGAUAACUACAUCCCUUCUUCCCAUCAACAAUGGCUCCAAAGAAAAUGGGAUCCAUGAAGAACAAGACCAAGAGCCACAGGAUCUCUUUGCAGAUGCCACAGUGGAGCUAUCCUUGGACAGCACACAAAAUAAUCAGAAGAAGGUGCCAGCCAAAACACUCAUUUCUCUUCCUCCUCAGGAAGCCACAAAUUCUUCGAAGCCCCAGCCAACCUAUGAGGAGCUAGAGGAAGAGGAACAGGAGGAUCAAUUUGAUUUGACAGUCGGUAUAACUGAUCCUGAGAAGAUAGGGGAUGGUAUGAAUGCAUAUGUAGCCUACAAAGUUACAACACAGACAAGCUUACCAUUGUUCAGAAGCAAACAGUUUGCAGUAAAAAGAAGAUUUAGUGACUUUCUGGGUCUUUAUGAGAAGCUUUCCGAGAAGCACUCUCAGAAUGGCUUCAUUGUCCCUCCACCCCCGGAGAAGAGCCUCAUAGGGAUGACAAAAGUGAAAGUUGGGAAGGAAGAUUCUUCUUCUGCAGAAUUUCUUGAAAAACGGAGGGCCGCUUUAGAAAGGUACCUUCAGAGGAUUGUAAAUCAUCCUACCAUGUUACAGGACCCUGACGUCAGAGAGUUCUUGGAAAAAGAAGAGCUGCCACGUGCCGUGGGUACCCAGACAUUGAGUGGUGCUGGUCUCCUCAAGAUGUUCAACAAAGCCACAGAUGCCGUCAGCAAAAUGACCAUCAAGAUGAAUGAAUCAGACAUUUGGUUUGAGGAGAAGCUCCAGGAGGUAGAGUGUGAGGAGCAGCGCUUACGGAAACUGCAUGCUGUUGUAGAGACUCUAGUCAACCAUAGGAAAGAGCUAGCGCUGAACACAGCCCAGUUUGCAAAGAGUCUAGCCAUGCUUGGGAGCUCUGAGGACAACACGGCAUUGUCACGGGCACUCUCCCAGCUGGCUGAGGUGGAAGAAAAAAUUGAGCAGCUCCACCAGGAACAGGCCAACAAUGACUUCUUCCUCCUUGCUGAGCUCCUGAGUGACUACAUUCGCCUCCUGGCCAUAGUCCGCGCUGCCUUCGACCAGCGCAUGAAGACAUGGCAGCGCUGGCAGGAUGCCCAAGCCACACUGCAGAAGAAGCGGGAGGCCGAGGCUCGGCUGCUGUGGGCCAACAAGCCUGAUAAGCUGCAGCAGGCCAAGGACGAGAUCCUCGAGUGGGAGUCUCGGGUGACUCAAUAUGAAAGGGACUUCGAGAGGAUUUCAACAGUGGUCCGAAAAGAAGUGAUACGGUUUGAGAAAGAGAAAUCCAAGGACUUCAAGAACCACGUGAUCAAGUACCUUGAGACACUCCUUUACUCACAGCAGCAGGCUGGGGAGCAGUUGGGAAUCAGGUCUGGAAUACUCCUAACCAAGAAGUUGCCCAGAUUUACAGAAAAGUUGCAGGAAUAUCACAAAGAACUCCUAUGUAUCUUUUAUCCAGAUUUACUGAAUGUUUACAUUUUAUCCCAUUUGCCUUAUCUAUAUUUCAUGUUGCAUUUUCUUAAUCAUUUGAGAAUAAUUUGCACAGAUACCCCAUUAUGCCCAAAACAGUAUGCAUUUCCCUAAGAACAGGACAUUCUCUUCUAAGAGAAGAAGAGAAUUACUUUAAGCAUUAUUCAGUAUUUUUUUAAGGAUUAUUAUCAAAAUCAGGAAGUUUAACAGUGAUUUAAUACUGUUAUCUAACCCAUGAUUCAUAUUUAAAUUUUGCCAUUUAUCCCAAUAAUGUCCGUUGUAGCCAUUCUUUUACCUUGUGCAGGAUCGUGUUACAUUUGUAAACGUGUGUCUCUCAAUACUGCAGAUUCCUCAACUUUCUUUUGUCUUUCAUUACCAUGACAUUUUUGAAGAAUACAGGCUAUUUUGUCGAAUGUUCCUCAGUUUGGAUUUGUGUGAUGGUUCCGCAUGACUAGGUGAGGGUUUUGCAUUCUGGGUGGGAAUAUCGCAGAAGCAGUGUGUCGUCAGUGCGUCGUAAUCAGCAUAUAAUGUCAGUUGGUCCCAUUAAUGUUGUUAACUCUGUUCACCGCUUAGGUUGGUGUCUGCCAGAUUUCAUUUUAAAUUUACGAUUUCCCCUUUGUAAUUUACAAGUAAUUUGUGGGGAGAUACUUUGAGACUGUAUAAGUAUUUUGUUCCUCAUUCACUAGUUACAUAGUAUCAGUUGAUUAGUCUUGUCCCAGUUAUUUCUGUCAUGAUUGACCAACAUGAUUUCCUAACUCCAUAAUGCCUUCUACAUUUAUUGGUUGACAUUCUACAUACAAAGAAAAACAUCCUUUAUCACCAUUUAUUUAUUCACUUGUUUAUCAAUAUGGAUGCAGGGAUUCCUAUUUUACUCAGAGUUGCAAGCCAUUGCUUUGAUUUUAUCUUGAUUCUCAAAUUGUCCCAGAUUUAUAGCAGCCUCUUGUGUGUUUGUAGCUUGCUCCCAUCAUGUUUUGAGUACUUUCUUACCUUCUGGCAUAACAAGAUGUUCCAGGCUCAUCUUGAAUGUUCCCUGCCCUAGCCCUGGAAUCAGCCAUUUCUCCAGGGAGUCUUGGUUCCUUAUAAUGGAGAAUGGUAUUUAUUUAUUUUUAUUUGAUUUGAUUAUUAUUACUAUUUUUGAGACAGAGUCUCGCUCUUGUCGCCCAGGCUGGAUUGCAAUGGCACAAUCUCAGCUCACUGCAACCUCCACCUACCAGGUUCAAGCAAUUCUCCUGCCUCAGCCUUCCAAGUAGCUGGGAUUACAGGUGCCAGCCCCCACACCCAGCUAAUUUUUGCAUUUUUGGUAGAAAUGGGGGUUUUACCAUGUUGGUGAGGCUGGUCUCGAACUCCUGACCUCAGGUAAUCUGCCCACCUCAACCUCCCAAAGUGCUGGGAUUACAGGUGUGAGCCACCAUACCCAGCCAGAGAAUGUUAUUUAGAAACCAAGAUCUGGGUGCCAAAUGUGCUUCUUGUUACUGGAAUGUCAUUGCCUCUAGGCUCUCACCAUACAGUGCAAAGAUAUAGAUAGAUAGAUAGAUAGAUAGAUAGAUAGAUAGAUAGAUAGAUAGAUUGAUUUAUAGAAACAAGAUAGGUUAGAGAUACCUGACAUAAAUAGAUACUCAAAAUCAUGAAUUCACACUGAUGCUUUGAGACCAGCCCUGUAGGUUUAUUCCAGUCUGCCCCCUUUUCCAUGUUGUUAACUCUUUCCUCCAGAGAGACAAAGAUUUCAGGUUGCUUUGUUAAGUUCCAUCUAAUGAUCAUUCUGACAUAAGUCUGUUUUUCUUAUUUCCUUGGAAUGAUGUCUCCUCUGGUUUCAGAACUUCCUCCUCUGCUUCCUGUAUCCUGAGGCUGGCGGGGCCAGUUGUCUUUAGGGCUUGUGCAUUUUUGUAAAGAGCUUGCACGUGUGGAAAUCAAGUAGGCCAGUAGUGGGUUAGGGGUACUGAGCCAGAAGCCUCUACUAGGAAUAACAGGAGCACAAAGGAAGAAGGUGGUAUUCCAGCUGGGGACCCAGGAGGGAGGACUUUGUGGAGAACCUGAUGCUUGAACUGAGUCUAAAAGGUGUAAAAGUGUUUGUUGCUUCUGCCUCCCUGUCUGUCUGGCAGGGUGAGGUAGGCGCAUCUAGGGAAAUGUCAAGUGGCUUGGUGUGGGGUAAAGUCAGUGAGGCCCAUGGAGAAAAACGAGCAGGAGCCACAUCACAUGGGUGUCUGAUAGGACCUGGGAGGCACUUUCCACAUUACCAUUGUCGCUUCGUGAUCUGGACACACCAGAAGGCGUGAGACUGGAGGCAGGAAGAGCAGCCAGGCUCAUCCCUACCCUCAGGAGAGCUGAAAAGGGCAGGUAUGGUGGGGCCAGAGCUCAGGAGAGUUUCGGAACCACUGAGAUCGGUCCUUGAUUUGAUGAGAGGCCUGAGGGGAGAGGGAGGUAGCUAGGAUGCCCCGCAAGCUUCUGGCCCAGACACUGGGCAGACAAUGAAGCCCUUUGUAACACAUGAGGCAAUAGGUUUGGGGCAGAUGGGAGGGGAAGCAGUGGUGGGGGCAGUGAGUGCUGAAGGUGUUUUAAGAAGCGGCUCUGGGCCAGGCACAGUGGCUUAUGCCUGUAUUCCUAGCAUUCUGGGAGGCCGAGGUGGGAGGAUCACUUGAGCCCAAGAAUUUGAGACCAGCCUGGGGAAUAUAGUGAGACCCUGUCCCUACAAAAAUAAAAACAACUAGCUGGGUGUGUGGUGGUGCAUGCCUGUAGCCCCAGCUACGCGGGAACAUCACCUGAGCCCAGGAGGUUGAGGUUGCAGUGAGCUACAGUUGCGCCACUGCACUCCAGCCUAGGUGACAGAGCAAGAUCUUGUCUCAAAAAAAAAGCAGCUCUGGAUGGGAAGGGAGGCCAGUUGCUUUAAGUAGGGGAGAUAGAGUUAAAGGAGGCUUUGUUUUAUUUAAAGGUGGGACAAACUUAAGCAUGUUAAUAAAAUUCAGAGAAGAGAAAGAGAAUGACUAUCAGAGCCAUGUUUGGAAGAAAAUGGGGUCCCGAGCACAGGAAGGGGACCUGUGUUCAGAGGGUGCCUCACUGCUGAGGCCACAGGAAAGAAUCUGUAG